GGUUUGAAAAAGCCGCGUUAUAACUUGAAUUACACGUGACCUAUUGACAACGAUCAACUGCAGGAUACCAAAGAUGACUGAAGGAAAUAGAGUGGUUGUAAUAUCGAUGGAUGGAAGUGCAGAUGCCGAUAAGGCUCUUGAUUUCUACAGCACGAAUUUGUACAGAGAAAAUGACGACAUAGUGAUAUUGCAUUGUGUUCAUCACAGAUCUGUUUAUACUUAUGAAUCAAUAUGGGCCCCCACAGAUCCAGGAGCAAUAUCGAUUGCAUUUGAAGAAGAAAGUAGGAAAGGAAACGAAGUAUGCAAAACAAUCGAACAAAAGCUUAAAGACCACAACGUAACAGCCAGAGUAAUUAAACUUGAAGGAGGGGAUCCUGGUCAUACUGUCGUUCACAAGGCUAACGACCUGAAUGCCGCCAUGAUAAUUAUGGGGAGUCGUGGUUUAGGAACAAUAAGACGCACUUUGCUUGGAAGUGUCAGUGAUUAUAUAAUUCAUCAUUCAAAAUGUCCUGUCUUUGUUUGCCGCCAUUGAGAAACGCUCAUAAUAUAACCACCGUACUAUACACAUCUUCUAUGUACAACAUGUAUUAUUUUUUACUUAUACUAACGAUAUAUACAAUGUAUAGUAACACGAAUAAAAGAAGUUUUAUAGCCUGAA